AUGAUAACAAAUCAGAUUGGUACGGUUAUUCUUGGCGUAGCUUUACUACUUUCAUUACGGGAUAUCUACGGGCGGCAUUCCAACGAUGAUGACAGCGACGAUGAUGCUGCUGCUUUCAAAGACGAAUUCGGCGAUGAGGUCAUUGGAUUGGGUAAAAUAGCUGCGAUUGUGCUGAUUGUAAUGGGACAAGACCCGUUUGCUUCAGUUGGAAGGCCGACACCGCGCAUUUUUGCCUGGGCACUAAACAAUAAGCUCUCAUCAUGCAUGAUGCUUUUCCUGCUUUCAAAUACCAUUGAAAGUUCACUGAUGUCAACGGGAGCAUUUGAAAUUUAUUUGGGUGAUGAACAAAUAUGGUCAAAACUUGAAAGUGGCCGAGUGCCAUCACCAACCGAGCUUCUUCAAGUGAUAGACCAGCACAUGGAGUUACAAGGAGCAAAAGUAGGUUCUUUAAACCAAUAG